AUGGCGCACAUAUUGGCUGAAGCAGAUGUCAUUUUAGAUGGCUAUCGACCUGGCUGCAUGGAAAGAUUAGGAUUUGGUCGACAAGCUGUUCACGAAAUGGCUCUAAAAAGAGGUAAAGGCAUUGUUUAUGCUCGUGAGAAUUGUUACGGUUGGGCUGGUCCAUGGUCUCUACGUUCUGGCUGGCAACAGAUCAGUGAUUGCGUGACUGGUGUUGCUUGGUUACAAGGAAAGUUUUUAGGUCUCAAUGAACCCGUUUUACCACUUCUUCCAAAUUCUGAUUAUCAAACUGGAAUAGUUGGUGCAAUUGCUAUUGUACAAGCCCUACAUAAACGUGCUCAUCAAGGAGGCUCAUAUAACGUUGACGUUUCACUCAAUCAGUUCAAUAUUUGGUAUCUUGACUUAGGUCAAUACACCGAUACACAAGGCGCCGAAAUCAUGGCCAAAUAUCCAGACUUACAUCUUCGUCAUACAGACGAAAUGAUCUCUCUGGUGACCAAAACUCUGACAAUGAUGAUUAAAUCUGUCGGUGAGAUAUUUGGGCCUCAAAACUUUGAAACCAUAAAUUCACCUAAAUGGGAUGUUGAGCAUACUGGCGAUUUGAUUCCUAUGACUAUUCUUGCCCCAGUCAUAACUUUUGACAAGACAAAACUCAGCUACAAUGUCGGAAGUUGUCCUCCUGGGUCAUAUGACUCAAGCAUUGGGUGGAACGUCGCAUAA